AGCUUUUGUGCAAUUCAAUUCAAUUCGAACUUUGAAAAUGGCAGAGAGAAAUGUUGCUGCUAACUCUUCUCUUGAGAAAACUAGUUUGGCUUAUCUAGAUCAGAGGAUGGCCAUGGCCAAACGCUGUUCUCAUCAAGGUGUGAUGGCUGGAGCUAAGGCAGCUGUUGUUGCUACUAUUGCCACUGCCAUUCCAACUCUGGCUAGUGUUAGAAUGCUACCUUGGGCAAGAGCAAACCUCAAUCACACUGCACAAGCUCUCAUCAUUUCCACAGUGGCCGGAGCAGCAUAUUUCAUAGUAGCUGACAAGACCGUCUUGGCAACAGCAAGAAAGAACUCCUUCAACCGACCCUCCAAUGCAUGAAUUAUCAUGGAUUCAGAUGCAUGUAUGCAUCCGGCUAAUCUUAAAUUCUUAAUCAACAUUAAGUUAGUUUCGCCGUGUACUCUUCACAUAUGUACUUAUAAAUAAUGAUUUGCAUCUCAAUAGUGAGAGUUCUUUUGUACUAUCAACCAAUCAUAGUUAAUCAUACGAAUGCAAAUCAGUGAGAUCUCUUUC